GAAGUGUUGGGACUUCAAAAACGUGUUGUAUCUUUCAACUUCGUUUGCUGUUUAGUUAUAUUGUGCAAAGUUUUCGAAAAAAUUAAUGUUGUGGCAAAAGCUCUUCAAACAGAAACGACAGAUUUGAUGACAGCAGAUGAGUUAUUAGAAACUGCACAUAUCGAAGUUUCUUCCAUGCGACAAUAGUUCGAUGAAUUUGUAAAGGAAGCAAUUUUCAGAAAAAAAGCAUUUCGAUGAAUUAUGUGUAGACGAAGGAAAAUUUCGCAGUGACUGUUUUUUACCCUUUAGUGGACACGACUUCUUUCCAAUUAAAGUAUCGUUUCGAAGGUAUGGAAUUGGUUCUAGAAGUCUACAAGAUUAUUCAACCAAAGAUGUGUCAGAAAUUGUAAAAGUCGCACGAGUUAGUAUCCGCAGGCUGCUAAGAACAAAGCAGUAGGAUAUAACUAGGCUGAAGGCAAGAAAAAGAACAUUAUAGAAGAAAAAACAGUACCGCAUUUGAUAUGAGUCAAGGUGUAAAAAAGAAAAAUAAAAAUCAAAAUCAUUCAGAAGGAGAGGAAGAAAAGGAAAAAGAAGGAAAAGCAAUACAAUGUAACAGUAAUAAGGAGGCGGUAUUAUUAAAUGACAUAAUAAAAGCAAAAGAACAGAUCAUCCUAUCCAAAGAUGAAAUAAUUCUGGCAAAAGACAUAAUAAUAAAGGAGCUAUACGAAAAAAUUUCCUUUACUGUAUGAAAAAAUUGCAACAAUCAGUUGCAGAACCAAAGAGUAUAAGCCCCGGAAUUGUAAGUACGGAAUUUGAAAACGGCUUUCCAGAAGAUGGUACCAGAGAAGCUCUAAAAUCCGUGCCAAAAUUAGUACCAGACGACAUUGCCCAAGCAGUCUUGUAUGCUUUAUCCACUGGUCCCAAUGUCGAUGUGACUGAGUUGACAAUCAGGCCUCUAGGAGAGAUGUUUUAACAAACCUACCUUAAGCUACCCUAACAUAGAAGAAAAAGGUGAAAUUAAACUGCAAAAAUAACUUCACAAAAUAUAUUCUUAUUGUACAAAACUUUAGCAAACUCAACGAUAUUUUGCAAUUGCACAUAAAAUUAGUAUUGUUUUUUCUAUAUCUUUUUAAUAGACUAUAUACUAACCACUUGUGAAAAUUAAGUGAAAAAUAUUGUAAAAAUCGAUUUUUAAGUACAAACUAAG